CGCCGGUGCCGGAGCCAGAGGGCACCUAGAGGUGAACCCGUACAGUUUAUCCUGCUCGGUAUGCAGAUCCUCUCCGCAUCCGAUUGGCUCGCCACGCCGCCACUCUUCAAUGAAAGUCAUUGAUUGGCCGAUCCGUCUCAAAAGCACAUUAUAUUUUAUAAAGUCUUAAAUUUGCACAAUAAUGGCAAAGGAAUGCAGUUAUAAAAGUGUAACGGCUGUGUUGGGGAGCACUGAUCCUCAGUGUGACGUCGUUAGCGCCUCCUGGCUGUGGGAGCCCCUGGUUUGAUGUCUUUGGAUGAUGCUUUGAGAUUGUAAUGUCUUGCUGGUUUUCUGGAGUUAUUCUCGUAACUGUAAGCAUUAUCUGAAGUCAUACAACUUCCUUUGAAAGCCCUUGCUGUUAAGACAUGGCCGUUAAGGCUGGUCAAACCAAAUGGUAUGGAUGUUGUUCUGAAUACUUUUUGGUGGCUGUCUGGUGUAUUAUGUGGUGACUGACUAUGCGUUAACUGUAACGAUUGUAAAUUGACAUCACUAUCACUUAUCUAUUCCAGCCUCUGAGAUUUGUGUCCCUUUGUGUUACAGCAUAACUUGUGUGUGUUUUCCGAGGGCCAUCGCAUCUCGUUUUAAUUCUUGGAUGUCGCCCCCGUUUUGCUGUGAUGGCGGGACGUGACAUUUGUCACCUUUUACACUGAUGUGUGGGACGAGGGAAAAGCGUCAAGUUUAAUGACAUCGCCGCAGAAUCCAAGCGUAGAUCUUCAUGUUGCAGAUUUUUAUGGUGUGACUGAAGGGACAGAGCUGAUUAUUCUGCGUGGCACGUUUACCUCACCUGUUUACUUCUGCCAGCGAGCUUCGCCUUCGGCACACCGAGCCGAAACCUUUGUUUAUGUUAUUUCUCGCCUUGGAGUGUUGAAGAUGAGUCUUUAUCGCUCCCACCUUGGGGUUUUAGUGGCCAACGCUGGUGCACUUGGGUGCCGCUUUUCCCAUGUGCUGAUUUCAGGGUGUCUCGCCGUAAACAUGUUGGCACAUUCACCGGCGACGCGACUGCCGGGCGGUCCGCCAUCUUGGGCUCUGGCAGGGGUCGCCACUCCGAGUGGGUGAUUACGCUGGGAUCCUCAGUGAUCGCGCCUGGAGAGAGUUAACGGAUCCCAGAAGCUCAUCCGGGGGAAUUCAGCGCUGAGAAUUGGAAAGGUUUUUACCGGUAUCAGACGAAGAUGAUGGUGCCCACAGUUCGCAGGAACUGCCCAAUUCUGGUUCUUGUCUUCAUGUUCUAGUGCCCCCCCCGCCUUUUUAAAAUGAAACCGUGGGACGGCAGAAUGAUCGGCCUGUAAGUCAGCGCCUGAUGUAGGUCAGCCCAGUUACUGAUCUGCAUUCUGGGUCUGCAUUCUGGGUCACAGCGGUCUUUAGCCGCCUGUCUACGCACUUUACUUUUUCCCCAAGUCGGACAGUUGUGAGGAAUCGUAUUCAUAUCUUAUUUGAAGUUUUUUUGAGAGUUGUUAGUGCUGACACAUGUUAGUGUUGUGGUAAAGUGGUUGUCUUGUAUCUGUAUUCUGAUUAGAUCUUCCCGGAAAAGGGAUUUGAGGGGUGGGUGGGGUGUUGGUGCCCUGAUUGAUCUGCGCUCUAACAAGAUUGAUUUGUUACAGUCUGGCCUUAUAGGGCUGCAGAGGACAAAUACUUGUAUAGUCGGUUUAGUCAAGUCUGUAAUUUUAUACUUGCAAAUGGCAGCUGCUGGGGACUGUUGAAGAUGUGCAGUUCCCAUCGCCUCUCACUUCCGAGUCGCAAGGAAGAGUAGCCGGUUCGUUUUUUGGGAAACUCUGCUUUUACGGGUAAACGGAGAGCUUCUGGACCUGAGAGGGAUCUCGCAUAAAUGUUACAUGCGACCCUUGAGCUGCUGGGAGCUGCGGGGUGAGUCUGCUAUGUUCGGUGCGGUCCUCGCUGCUUCAUCUUCGCCUCCCAAGCACGGUGCUGUAACGCAGAGAGGAGCUUCUGCAGUGACCUGGGUGCAGUUUGGGCUUUAGAGCUGCUGCUUUAGACCAGGCUAUGCUAAGGGCAGGCAGUUGCAGGCGUCACUGAGGUGUUACUGUAUUCAUUGCCCAUGUGAGCCCCGCCCUACCACAGCAAACAGGAAGUUGAUUUCGGGGUUGUCCACUGAUUUCCUGUCCGUUUUUUUUUUCCUUCCAGUCAAUGGAAUUAUGAUUUUUAAAAUCUUUUUCUGUUGCUAAUCAUUCCUUUUUUAGAAUCUCCAAAAUUUGACACAUUAUGUGGUGAAGUUUAAAAUUUGUAGUAUUUAGUGAAUUUUUUUGUGAUUUACGCAGGUUUUCAGUCUUUUUCAGUUUGAGUUGAAUUAAUGAAUAUUUGUGGGGGGGGACACAGGUCUAUGUGUUAGUAGGUACUUUAUUCGGAUUUUGUAAUAAGAUUACAAUCAAUCAUUUUUUUUUGUUUUGCUUUAAACCCAAAGCACUGAGUCAAAGCCAGAAAAAGGCGAAUCUGUUACCCAGAUCGGUCAUCGCAGCGCAGAUUUUACUCAUUAUCAUACCAUGAACAGAAGGGCUUAAUUGUCACUUAAACUCUUGCUUUGUUUAUGGAGUCAGUUGGUAAACUGUAGUUGUUUUGAGGUAACAGUUCCUUGCGUGAAAUUCGAUAGAACGCUGAGCAGCUUGACGGGGACGGAUUCAGAAAUGUCGGGUUGCGCUUUUGCUUUUUCGGGUUCUUUUCCGGAAGUCUCCAGCGCGGCUUUGAAGAUAUGGUCCGGAAAAAGAAUCCCCCUUUGAGAAGCUUCGGCGGUGAGGAGGAGGCUGGAGAAGCAGCGGCUGCAGGGUGCGCAGGUGCCGAGAGCGAGGGUGCGGGAGCGCGCGGCCGGGACCUCCGCGCCGAUCACAUGCGGGGGGAGCCUGGCCACGCCGAUGAGCUGCAGCCAGACAGGGAGGAGGAUCUGUGCGCGCUCGUCCAGCGGCUCUCUCCCGGCAUCAAAAGGGACUUGAAAGGCGGGGCGGCGACGGCGGCGCCGGCGAGCCAGAGGCCUGUCUCCAAUUACGAAAGCCACAAGAAGGGAGGAAAUGUUCCGUCCUUCCCCCGUGAUGAGGUGACAGACAGAAAUAUGCUGGCACUCUUAUCCCCAGCUGCUGGGCGCGUCUGCGACGGGCUUGAGUCUCCCGGCAGAUCAGAAGCAGAUGGGGGCGCGGAGCGGGCUUGCAGCCCGGCCGGGGACCCGGGGGAGGGCGGGGAGGGAAGGAGCGGCUGCGUUGGGGAGGGGCUGCGACGUUCGCCGGGCGGCCAGGCGGGCGGGACUGGCUGCACUGCCACCCAGGGCUGUCCCAGCAACGGCGAGGACCGGGGCUCCACCGGAAGCUCGCUGGCUCCGACGGGUGAGGUGGGCGCCGACAGGCCUAGGACAGCUUUCCACCUGGCGCACGGGCGCAGGAACAGCGAGGACGGCGCCGAUGAACCAGGCGGCGCCUCCACCGACGGCCGAGCGCGGCCGCCCUCCUCGCCGAAGCUGCAGGACUUCAAAUGCAACAUUUGCGGCUACGGUUACUACGGCAAUGACCCCACGGACCUGCUUAAGCACUUCCGCAAAUAUCACCUGGGCCUUCACAACCGCACACGGCAGGACGCCGAGCUGGACACCAAGAUCCUGGCCCUGCACAACAUGGUGCAGUUCUCCGGCCAGGCUCACGCCAAAGAUGCGGGCCGCCUGCUCCCGCACAGCCUCCUGACGGGAGCGCUGCCCGAAGCAGGCCCCCCCCGGCCCAUGCUGCUCAACGGCACCUAUGACGUGCAGGUGACGCUAGGUGGUACCUUCAUCGGCAUCGGGCGGAAAACCCCCGACUGCCAGGGCAACACCAAGUACUUCCGCUGCAAGUUCUGCAACUUCACCUACAUGGGCAGCUCGCCUACGGACCUGGAGCAUCACUUCCUGGGCACCCACCCCAACAAGAUUAAGGUGCACGGCGCCGGGUCGGACGGCAAGCUACCCGACAAGAACGGCACGGCCUCGGGCCGGGCGGGCGGAGUGCCUCGCGGGGCCUCCCUCUCUGGCGAACCCGCGAAAUUGGCAGAACGCGUGGCCGUCAGGGCGGAGGACGACACCGUCGCCGGCUACUUUGUCCUCAUUCAGCCGCUGGACCCCGCCGGACAGGACGGGGGCAACACCAUGGGCUAUUACUGGUGCAAAUACUGCAGCUUCAGCUGCGAGGCGUCCAGUUCCCUCCGUCUCCUGGAGCAUUAUGGGAAAAAACACAGCCAGCCGGGCACUGUCGGCUCUGAGAGCCCCGUCCAGAACGACGGCUCUUUCCGUGGCGACGGGGGUAAGAGAAAGGAGGUGUACGGCAAGGCGGGGGCGGCCGACCUGGAUACGGUGGUCACCAGCUACAACUGCCAGUUCUGCGACUUCCGCUACUCCAUGAGCCAUGGAGCCGACGUCAUCGUGGUGGCCCCACUGUUGCGCCACUACCAGCAGGCCCACAGCAUCCAUAAGUGCACCAUCAAGCACUGCCCCUUCUGCCCCCAGGGCCUGUGUAGCCCCGAGAAGCACCUGGGUGAGAUCUCCUACCCCUUCGCCUGCCGCAAGAGCAGCUGUUCUCACUGUGCCCUGCUGCUCCUGCAGCUGUCGGCCAGCCCGGCCACGCCGCGUGCCCGCGUCAAGCACCUGUGCGACCAGUGCCCCUUUUCGGACGCCGACAUCGACGCACUGCUCCUGCACUAUGACAGCGCGCAUGGCUCCCCGCUGGUGCUGGAGGUGAAGCCUGACGCGGAGGCCGCGGGGGGCGAGCCGGGGACGGCCCAGGCCAAGGAGCCCAGGGACUUCCCCUGCAACAAGUGCGACUUUGUCACCGAGGCAGAGGAAGAGAUCUUCCGGCACUACAGGAGAGUCCAUGCCUGCUGCAAGUGUCGGCACUGCAGUUUCACGGCGGCCGACACUGCCGCCCUGCUGGAGCACUUCAACGCUGCGCACUGCCAGGACCCGCGGGAUCCCUCCCCAAGCCCCAGCAAUGGCUGUCCCGCCCCCUCCGGCGCGAGUGUAAAGGAGGAGAGCAAAGGCGACCUCAAGGUGUAUAGCCUAGUGCCCCCAGAAGCCAGGUCAGCCGAGGCGGGGGCUGCGCCCGAGGGCGUGAAGAGGGAGAUGCCUGACGAGAAGGAGGCGCUCAGGGAGAAGGGCUGGGCGGAGUCGGUGGGAGUCGGCGGGGAGCCGGGCCGAGGCCUGCUGUGGGUCCCCAAGGAGCGCACUGGCGAUAUCCUGAGGGCCAGUCCAUUGCAGUACAGCCAGGGGGCGCUCAGCCUGCUCAAAGCCGUCUCGCAGGAGCAGCACCAGCAGAGCACCACCGUGCUUAGGGAUUCCCCCGGCCUGGUGUUCGACGCCAAGGGCUUCCUGCAGGGGGCGCACGCGAGCGGAGUGGAGAAGGCAGGCCAGCUGCAGUCGCAGUAUUCCUCUACUGACAGCAAGGCCAGCAAAGAGGAACCAUCGUCACUUUUACGGAGACGUCGAGGCUCUGGUGUGUUCUGUGCCAACUGCCUGACCACAAAGACUUCGCUCUGGCGGAAGAAUGCCAACGGUGGAUAUGUGUGCAACGCGUGUGGCCUGUAUCAGAAACUGCACUCGACUCCCAGGCCCCUGAACAUCAUCAAACAGAACAACGGGGAGCAGAUUAUCCGCCGGCGCACACGCAAGCGUCUGAACCCUGACUCCAUGCCCGCCGAGCCAGUGAGCUCCAAGCAGCAAAGGGUCGGGGCCGAGGAGCAGGUCAAUGGCAGCCCCCUGGAGCGGAGACCCGACGAGUCCGGCACAGAUACCCCCACCGCCUCCCGGGGUGAGCACCAGCCUGCUCUGGCCAAAGCUGACGUCUACAGCUCGUUGGGAACCAAGGGCCACCCCAGUCCGCGCUCCACCCACGCGUUCCUGGUCAGCCAGACCCUGGAGAUCCACAAGCGCAUGCCGCCUUUGCACAAGAGCCCCCAGGAUAGCGGACCGGAAGGGAACGGCAUUGGGCCAGGGAUUCCGGUAGCCUCCGAGGGCAAGAGCAGCUCGGAGCGGGGCAGUCCCAUUGAGAAGUACAUGAGGCCGGCGAAGCAGGCCAGCUACUCACCUCCAGGCAGCCCCAUCGAGAAGUACCAAUACCCUUUCUUCAGCCUGCCCUUCCUCCAUAGUGACCUGCAGAGUGAAGCUGACUGGCUUCGCUUCUGGACUAAGUAUAAGAUGUCGGUGCCAGGGAACCCCCAUUACCUGAGCCACGUGCCCAACCUGGCAAACCCCUGCCAAAGCUUUGUGCCUUACCCUCCCUUCAGCGUGGCCCCGCACUUCCCUGCACCGGGCCCGGAGAACGACAUUCCCUUGGACCUGGCCGUCAGACAUUCCAAACCAGCCCCCGCCAACGGGGCCUCUGGCAGCGGGAGGCGAGGGCUCCCACAGGCGCCGACGGCACCGGCGAAGGGAGGAGGGGAUGACGAGGACGAGGAGGUAGACGAGGCUUCCUCCGCGGAGCCCGCGGCCAAGCCUGGCGGCCCGCCACCCGAGAAGGUGGAGCGGGGCACUCAGGACGAGCAAUCGAGCAAGUGCGCCCACUGCAGCGUCGUCUUCCUGGAUGAGGUCAUGUACGCCCUCCACAUGAGCUGCCAUGGCGACGCCGGCCCAUUCCAGUGCAGCAUCUGCCUGCACGCCUGCGCGGACAAGUACGACUUCACCACGCACAUACAGCGGGGGCUGCACCGGCCGACGGGGGAGGUCCGGCCCGCUGCCAGUCCCAAGGAGUGAACUGAGCAUGCCCAGCAAAAGCAGCCUUCUGGACGAAACAGGGCUGUGGGAUCAAUAGCCGAUGAACAAAUUAACGAACGGGGAGCAGGGAAAAGGGGCGGGGCAGGGGGGGGAUUGCUAACAGUGCCGCAGUGACUCAAACAUAGUAGGGAACUAAUGAAAUCUUAACAUUUAUGGCGUAUGGUGUUCGAUGUACAGCUAUUGAAAUGGUACAAAUGACAUCCUUUUCUUUUGACAAGGCAGUUCAGCAAAUAAGGUACUUCUGCAGUUUUUUUCUUGUUUGUUUUCAUUUCCGGUAAGAUGGGGUUUGCUUUUUCUGCGAGCUGUCUCGCCGAGCGCCUGGGAGUUAAAGGGCAGGCACGUCCGCUCGUACCUGACUCCGUGGGCGGGGGUUGCCGGCCACGACCUGUCUGCCGCUCCUGCGUCCUCACGGCUCGCUCUCGAUCGCUGCGUCUUUACGGUGACGAUACGCUUGCGAAAGAAAAAAAAAAAAAGUAAAAAUAAAUUUUAAAAAAAUACAACACCCUCAGGGAAUGCAUUCAGCAGAGUGAGAAGCAGUUGCUAGCUCAGUUGUUUAUUGGUCUACGGUUGACAUUGAACCAAGCUUUUUGUGUGCAAAUGUACGUCCAUCUGUUUGUUUGCUGUGUUCCCACCAUAGAAACGAACGUCGUUACACGAGUCAUUCUAGACAUUAAGCUACUGCCUUAGUUGCUGGUAAACAAACCUUAGGUCACUAAAGAUGUUUGAAAAGAAAGUCUUAUUUUUUUCUAACUUGUUAAAAAAAAAAUCAUGUCAGUGCCUGAUACAUUGUAUAAAAUAUUUUCUACCUGGUAUGUUGAUAUGCAACAUUGAGUACACAUCUGAUGAACAGGGGUCCAGUGUUCUGGCUCUGAGUAACUGUUUACAUUUGCAAAUGUAGCAAACAAGGUAAUGAAGCGAACUUCUAUUUUUGAAAUUUUAAACUUUUUUUUUUUAUCCCUCUUCUCCCUGAGAAAGGAGAAAUGCUACUUAGAAGCAUUUGUUUUAUCUUUUAAUAGUUCUCGUAAGAAGAAAAGAAGGAUAAAGAUUGAAAUAGAAACAUGGCGCCAAGGAAAUGAAACGCACUAUCCAUUCCAUUCAAAGCCCGUCUUUAUUCCUGAAUACUUAGGUUUGCGCUUAAUCGUAUAUCAGUGUGCAUCGCAUUUUCCUUUUUUUCUUUCCAUCAAACUUUUUAGAAUGAUCUCAAGGAAUGCAGAUUAAUUAAGCUCAAUCGCUUCAUUUCUUACCCCUCUCACUUAAUUCUGCGUUGAGGUUUGGUUUCUUUCCCCAGGAUGGUGUUUUUUUUUUUUUUUCUUUUCACGUUUAAUUUCAUUUUAAUCUGCAUUAAACACAGCAAAGUACAAACUCGACAGAAAAAAACUGUAGGAAAAACCAUAUGUUCGUUUCUGAGAAUCAGUAAGUCUUUGAGUCCGACACGUACAUUGCAAAGCUCUCUGUGGACAGUCAGAAACUGUCAGGAGAGGAUAGAGGUGCCUUUGAAUUUGCGAGUCUGAAGGCCGGACAGCCGACAUAAAACAAUUCACCAAAGCUUCAUCCAAAUUCACACGCUUUAUGGAGCGAUGAACAUGGAAUUCCAUCUUUAACUAGCGGGUCCCACCAUGUUGUUGCUGGUGAUGCUGCACCAUGACCUGAUUAAGAAGCUCUCCACUACAGAGGAUUGUAUGGAAAACGCACAUUAUUGUCUGCUGGAGCCUUUAGAGUCCACAGGCAGCAUUGUUUGGGGUCACCUGCCCUGUUUGUCCUUAUGAUCAAAAAUGGGCCACACUUGAGGUGCCAUUUAUCAUUCAAAACCUACCAACUCCCCAAGUGCCCCACCCCCCAGGAAAAGUCUCUGCACGGCACUAGCCAUAGUGCUAAUCUAUGUACACAGUGAACGCACGUUUCAAUAAAGGCUAUGGCAGUGCCCAUGCGCAAUGGCUAUUCUAUCUCCCCCAGCAUGGGGGCAGUAAAGCAGCCCACCACCCUGCUGGGGUACGGCAAGCAUCGUAACUAGAUCACUCCUGCCUUCAGCCAGGAUUUGAGUUUAAUAACCGAUAUUCACGUCUUCCCGCUGCGUUGUAGGUUUCCUUCCAGUUCACUACAGUUAGGGCACUCUCAGCGUGUACUUACAUUUUAUUUCUCAUCCUUGGCUCCGUGCUGCGGGGGGGGGGGGGGGGGGGGGGGGGGAGAUCUUUGCAUACACAUGCACACUUGUUUAUACGGGCGUGAGCAGUGGCGGAUGGAGAGCUCCAGGAAUCAAGUUUGCUGGAUUGGAUUUAACUGAGAAAUCAGACUCGUUGAAAAGCCUUACGAUGCUGCUUCACUGCAAAUGUCUCCUCCUGUAAAGAUAAAUAAACUUCAUUUCAUGGGAGCAUUUAUAGGAAAUUAAGUAACAAGGUUUUUUUUUUUUUAACUAUGUUUUAAUUUAAAGUAUGUUAAUGCUUGCACUUCAGUUAUCCAUUUGUAUUGCCAAGGAAGAAAGUUUAAAAUGUGUAAUUAGCAUGCUGCGUACAGGUACUGCGUCUUAAUCUGCGGAAGUGAUCAUGUGUAUUUUAACAGACUUACUGCAAGGCUUGAGAUACGGGAAACACAGUAGAGAUUCGUAUGAAGAACUCAGACGAUACGCCAGUGCAUGUCCACGAGCAAGUCGACGUUUUAACCAUGAUUUUAGUGUUUUUUUUUGUUUGUUUGUUUGUUUUUUAUUUUUUUUGUUUGUCUUUACACUUUACCGCAUUUACGUUGCAUAGAUGAUGGUUUAGGUUCUUAAUUUGUUUUUCUGCUGCCACCUUAAAUGGUUUUAUUGUGUUGUAUGUUCUACAUGCAAAAAAAAAAAAAGACGAAUAUCAGCAAAGAUAGCAAAGACGCCUGUUACAUCUAAACUUGAAUAAUAAUAAUAAUAAUAAUGAUAUUAAAAAAUAAUCAUAAUAAAACCUUUUUGACAACUUUCAA